UGCUUCACCGACGUCACGUGACACGGAAAUAUGACGUAGCUGCAUCGAGAACACUUCCGGAAAUCACUCUGCGUUCACGCAACCAGUCUCCACCGCAUCUUUGAGAAAUGGAGACGCUGAAGGACGGAGGAGAGAAACCGAAGGAAGGCGAUGGGGACGAAGGAGAGAUGGAGGGAGGAGAGAAGGAGCAAGAAGAGAAACCGAGAGGAGGAGAGAAGGAGCAAGAAGAGAAACCGAGAGGAGGAGAGAAGGAGCAAGAAGAGAAACCAAGGGGAGGAGAGAGGAGCGAGGAAAGAGCGACUGAGCCAGGAAAGAGACCAAGGGAAGGAGAGAGGGAACCAGGACACAACGUGAAAAAGAGACAUGUGGAAGAGGAAGGGCACCAGUCGCCACAGACAAAGAAGCCGCUGAUUGAUCACAGUGUGAAGGUGGCGAGUCACUACAACAGCCUGCAGGAAGUCGGUCUGGCUGCACGAAGUCGAAGCAAAAUAUUUUUCAUGAGGAACUUCAACAACUGGCUGAAGAGUGUCCUGAUUGGUGAGAUCCUGGAGCAGGUGAGGGGGGCGGGGCCUCCUCAGCAGGUGUCUGUGUUGGACCUCGGCUGUGGAAAAGGAGGAGAUCUGCUGAAGUGGAGGAGAGGAGGAAUCAACCACCUGGUCUGUGCAGAUAUAGCUGGAGUGUCAGUGGAACAAUGUCAGAGUCGUUACGAAGACAUGAAGAAGAAAAGCCACGGCGAGGACAUCUUCAGUGCUCAAUUCAUCAAUGCAGACUGUUCCAAGGAGGUUUUGUCAGAGAAGCUGGACAACCCGGCGCUGAUGUUUGACAUCUGCAGCUGUCAGUUUGUUUAUCAUUACUCAUUUGAGAGCGAACAAAAGGCCGACAUGAUGCUGCGAAACGCCUGUGAGCGUCUGAAACCUGGCGGUUUCUUCAUCGGAACGACACCUGAUGCUUUUGAACUUGUUAAACGCUUGGAGGCAUCGGACUCUCUGUCGUUUGGAAACGAGGUUUUUAAGGUGUCCUUUCAGUCCAAAGGUUCCUACCCUCUGUUUGGAUGUCAGUAUCACUUCAGCCUGGAGGACGUUGUCAAUGUUCCAGAGUCCCUUGUCUACUUCCCUCUUUUUCAACACAUGGCAAAGCGGUACAACAUGCACCUGGUGUUGAAGCAGAGGUUCUCCGAGUAUUUUGAAGACAAAGUGAAGAAGGAGCCUCAUCGCAGCCUCAUGAUGAAGAUGAUGGCUCUCCAGCCGUUUCCUUGUGACGAGGGGGGCAAACAGGUUACAGACAGCAGAGAAGAAUACCGCCAUGCUGAGGAGCACUGUGCCAGAGCCGGAGUCCAACCGCCAGUGGGAACUCUCAGCAGAUCUGAGUGGGAAGCAGCAAGUAUCUACCUGGUAUUCGUCUUUCAGAAGAUGUCGUGAUGCUCAAAACAACUGAAAUUUGUUUUCCUACCUCACCUGAAUGUUUUCAGUAAUAUCUGAUGUACUUUCUUUUGUUAUCUAAAUAAAUUCAAAAUACAUUUAAAGUCA